AUGGAUAAAAUGCUCAAAUGUGAAGCACGAGCUGCUGGGUGUCGUUCAUCAGCUGAGGCCGAUAGAUAUCUUGAGCAGAAGAGGCGGGAAGGUGAUGAUGUUGUUAACCCAAAGGAAAAUUCUCAGGCAGGCCCAAGCAGCCUGGAAAGUCUGAGUGUUUCUGAUUCAUUUGGUACCUACUCAACCACGACAUCAGCAGGCCAAGCCAACUCGUGGACAGAUUCGGAUUUCGUGCCAAUUUCCGGAGCCAGCCUACUCUCUGAAUCUGAGAAACAACUUUGCCGCGACAUCCGGUUAUCCCCACAACAUUACCUGAAGAUUCAGGAGGACUUGACGACCCAAAUUUUGUGUGGCAAUAUCACUAAGAAAUCUGACGCUCAUUCCUUCUUCCAAGUUGAACCAGUGAAAAUCAGAAAGGGUAUUGCUCAUCUAUGAUUGGCAAUAUCAUCAAUCAAGGGGGAGAAGACAGCUGCAGUGGCAUUAUGUUGUAUAUUUUGAUUACUCAUUCUUAACAUGAUGAGGCUAAUAUGCCAUGUAAUUGAAUCCAUUCACCAUUUAUUGGCUGUUGUAUUGUAUCUUGAACCUCUCCUGGCUUCUAACUAGUGAAACUAUCUGUGAUUACCUUCUAA